AUGACGCCUGAUGGGCCCUUUGUCUUUGCUGGCUCAAGCCCAGCCAAUGUGAGCUUUGCCCGCCCCUUCUGAACCUCAGCCGUGCUCCCACCACCACUCGAGUCCUGUCUAGAAAGUGAGAAAAACAGUGAGAAAGAGAGACUCUCGGAUGCUCAAAGCAUGGAGAAAACUAAAAUAAAAGAAAAAUAUUUUCAGCAGGCCAGGAGAAGAGAAGAAAUACUAGCUUUCCUGAGGAAACAGAGAGAAGAAAGGAUUGCAAAAGAGCUGAUUUCUCAUCCACAUAAACCAAAGAUCAGAACUGAUCAA